CGUCGCGCUGCACCAGUCUCGGAAGCAAGCUUCAGUCAGUUGGCAGCUAUGGCGGCCUCCAUGGCGAAUUCUCUCUCAUCUUUUUCGGGCGGAACAGAUGAAGUAGGAUCUAUGAACAUGAUGGCAGCAGCCUCUACAGCUAGAUCGGCGACAUCAAUAAGCCAAAAUGAACAAGAGAUAAGCGACCACGAGCUGCAGGUGUUAGGCUUCCUUCGUUUCUUAAGGAUGAAGAGGAUGCAGCACGUGAGAGAGAUAAGCUCUCUGUUCCGGGACUAUGAGAAGUGGAAGUUGGAGGAUGCGAUCUACACAAAAAACAAUGUGCUGGAGAUGCUAAGCGCAUUGGCGACGGAGGUCACACAUGCACUGGAGAAUGAGCUAGAAAACAACGCCCACGCCAAUGCUCUUCUACUUAAACUCAUCUUCCAGCAGGCGGAGGAAGCAGGUUUUCUGAUGUAUGCUGAUUUUAACCAACUGGAGAACAUGAACCUCCUUGCCGAGAUGAAAUCCUCCGAGCAGGCAGUAUUGAACAAACCAGCCACUGCCUUCACUGUAAAAUCACAAAAAUUAAGGAAGAUCGCAGGCAGCGGGACAGAUCCACACGUGAUUAUCGAGAGAGACACAUUGCGCGAGGAGGUUCAUAGCUUGAAUGACAAGUUGACCAAGCUCCAGGCACAGGUAAAACUUGCUUGCGGCAUUCUCAAAAGUACACAAAAACUUGAAAAAAGUGAUGAGCGACGAUUGCUUGCUCUAGAAAUUAGAAGUCGCAACGGAGUUCUGACUUCUGAGUUGUGAUAACAUCAUAAGAUUCAUAACAAUGAUAAGGCACUCACUAUUUAUUUGUCUACUCUGACUCUACUGUGUGCCUCUCAAAAAAAAUCUGCUAAUCAGACCUGCCUUCCGUUCACAUUUCGGCAUCGUCCCGAGAGUUUGUUUGGACUUCUCAUCUACCCUAAACCCUAAAGGCUAGCUUUAGAAUGGGCAGUUGUAGAAAAACAUAGCAAACAAGGAAAAAGACUCAUCUACCCUAAACCCUAAAGGCUAGCUUUAGGCUUUAAUCGGCAGUUGUAGAAAAACAAAACAAACACAAAAAAAAAAUUACGGUCCCCCUCAAUCCGUACGUAGUCAGGAAUGCGUGCAGUUGUCAAAUGGCCGUUGCAGCCUGACGCUGGAUAGUGCUUGCCGUAGGAAGCUAGUUCAGAGGCCGUUGAUGAAUGCCUAUCAUCAGAUAGGCAGUGCGCAGACAGCAAAGACCACCAAUGUGAAAGAAAGGACUCAAGAAUAGCAAUGCGAUCAGAAAUGAAGCAAUGCAAACGAA